AUGGCCGACCGUGAACGUCCUGCGAAAACCCCCAUUAGGGUGGGAUUUUAUGACAUCGAGAGGACUAUUGGCAAGGGAAAUUUUGCCGUCGUUAAGUUAGCACGACAUCGAAUAACGAAGACUGAGGUAGCAAUUAAGAUAAUAGAUAAAUCACAAUUAGACGCCAGUAAUCUUCAGAAAGUCUACAGGGAGGUGGAUAUUAUGAAGAGACUGGAUCACCCUCAUAUAAUUAAGCUUUACCAGGUCAUGGAGACGAAAAACAUGAUCUACAUAGUGUCUGAAUAUGCAAGUAAAGGAGAGAUUUUUGAUUAUAUAGCCCGGUAUGGUCGCAUGGCUGAGCAAGCAGCCCGUCGCAAGUUUUGGCAAAUCCUCUCCGCCGUGGAGUACUGCCACGAGAGGCGUAUCGUUCAUAGAGAUCUCAAGGCGGAGAAUUUAUUAUUGGAUGCAAAUAUGAACAUCAAGAUUGCCGAUUUUGGAUUCAGCAAUUAUUACGCUACUGGCGAACUCCUGGCGACGUGGUGUGGUUCUCCUCCCUACGCUGCGCCUGAAGUUUUUGAGGGAAAGAGAUACACCGGCCCUGAAAUUGAUAUUUGGAGUCUCGGCGUUGUGUUAUACGUUCUCGUGUGUGGGGCUUUACCGUUCGACGGCUCCACUCUGCAGUCAUUAAGGGACAGAGUGCUCUCUGGCAGAUUUAGGAUACCGUAUUUUAUGAGCGAAGAUUGUGAGUCGUUGAUUCGCAAGAUGUUAGUCCUGGAGCCAAUGAAGAGGUACACCAUAGAACAGAUAAAAAAACACAGGUGGAUGGCAUCUGAACCGUAUGCCCUAACGACUGUGAGCGCUGACCCCGCGAGGAGUCCUGCACAUGUACCUUCUCAUCACGAGCCUAAUGAACAAGUGCUGAGACUGAUGCAGAGCUUAGGGAUUGACCCUGUUAAAACGAAAGAGAGUCUUCGGUCUAACAGCUACGACCAUCAUGCAGCGAUAUACCUUCUUCUUCUUGAAAGAUUGCGAGCUCGGGCGGCAAGCGGAGUUAGUGUGGCUGAAGCUCGCACCAGACCUUCGCGUCGUCCUUCGUCUGUAGCCGAUCAAGCACUAGUAAAAGAAGCUCAUGAUGCAAGACGGGAACAUCAUAAUAGAUUACUUCAUGCUGGUGAUAUUCAAUCGCGGGACUACAGUAGAGUCACCCCGACAAUAUCAACUGCUCCGGCCGACGCGUCGUCUGCCGAAACACAGCGACUUCUGUCACUCGCAGGUGUCAACAUGACUGAACAGCGACUGCUCCAGCGAAACUCCGACCCUUCGGAUACGCAUCGGAGCUUUCUAGUAGGCAACCUUGAUGUUCUCUCCAGCAGAAGCCAUGAAUCCGAGUCCACUAGGCUGCUAUCUUUAAGAAAUAUUGAUGUCUCUCAGUCUAAUCAAAGGUUAGGAGCCAAAGUGAGCGAAGCUUCUGUCCCUACUCACAGACUCCUUACUUCGACAUAUGAACAGCAACAAAACAUACUAAAACAAUCUAGCGAGGACUGUCGACGUCUGUUGCAACAGUCUACAACUGUUGGUCCAGAAACGAGCAAAAAUACUAUCGAUGGUACCAGAUUACUAACAUCUUCCAGCUUUGAUUCCAAGUGUGCGAUUGAUGGUGGUAGAAGUUCUUCGGCGUCAGAUCACAAUGCUAUAGCAAACUUUCUCCAAAAUUCAGCUUCGGCAACAAAUUUCAAUGUAGAAAAUGUGAAAUUACCUAAUUCUACCACUUUUACCAUGUGUUCAGAAGCAGCAAAACUUAUGAAUACUUUGCAGCAGUCUCCUUUGCCGUUAAAAGGGACUGUCAAUUUGAGUACUAGUCCAAUUCCACCGCAACUUACGGACUCGAAAUUAACUAGUGUUUUAGAACAACCAAAGCCGCUGGAAUCCACUAGACUUGUGUCACAAGCGCAACAACAAGAUCUCAACCGUCUUCAAACUAGUACACCGCCUUUUAAAGACUACAUGAAUCAUCAUCUUCCUUCUUAUUCAUAUUUACAAAACUGUGGUGUGCCACCGAUGUCGAGCUCUGGGGACUCAAACUUUUCCACUUCCACAGCUACGAGUGAAUUAUUGCCAAGUACUUUAUAUAGACCAGAUAGUAAAUUUUCGCUAAAUAGAUAUACCACAACUCAAACGUAUUCUCAAAAUCUUCAAGGUGGCACAACGGAAGCGACAAAAUUUCAACAACAAUAUUCAUCGUCGACAGACGAAGGUUGCGAGACCGAUAUGGAAGACGUCGUGAGUGUACCAAGUGGCAUGCAAAACCGAUUAAGUUCAUACGCCAGUUCCAGUUCUAGUAGCGGAGUUGUUACUUUUUUUAAUAAUAAAAGUCUUAGCCAGAAUCUUAGUUGUGAUUCAUCACAAAGUAAUUUUUCCACAUUUGAAAGUUUAGACUAUCAACUAUCGGAUUGUUCCAGUGAAUUAACAAGCAGUCUACCAAGUUGUACGUCUAAUGAAGAUAAAUUAUCAUAUGAGAAUAGCUCACUCAUAAAUACGAGCCCAAUGCAUCCAUGUGUGUACAUAUCUUCCUAUAACAAUAAAACCCCUGGUGCGGGGUUUAUCUCGAGACACAAUCCUUUGAACUAUCAAUCUGCCAAUAAAAACUGCACCCGAGCGAUUACGCGGAGUCCUGUUGACUUUCGGGAAGGUCGUCGAGCGAGUGACGGGCUAGUUGCACAACAAGCUGCACAGUCUACCGACUCACAAAAGAAUAGUUUAGCUUUCAACAGCCAGCGUUUAAACGAAAACUGUAAAGCUAAAGGCGUGCUAGAACUUCAUUUGGUACAAAAAGAAGCCCAAAAACUCAAGACACAGUACCAAUCGACCAUACCGGCAGAAGAGAUGACACAGAGACAGAUUCAGCAUAAUCAGUUCGCCGCAAGUUUCAGUCCUCAUUUCUUAGAUACUAAAAAUCCUACACCAAAACGUAUUAGCCUGCCGGAAUCGUUUAGUUACUCGAGUACCUCGCCGCCGAUGCCCGCGAGUCCUAAAAUGGUGUCUCAAAUACAGGAACAAACAGAAUUGCCACACGGGUCUUCCGUUUCACAGAUUAGCAAACCACCGCUACAGCAGCAGCUAAUGCAACACAGAUUGUUUCAACAAAAACGGCAGUUACUACAGAAACAGAUGACUCCCCCGACGAUUCCCGCUCACGAAUUGACCAUGCACACUCUUCAAGUGGGCCUCAGUAGACGGCAAAUGUUACGACAGCAGAGUUACAAGAUAGCUCAACAACAACAAAUUCUGCCUCCCUUACCGCUGACCGAAACCGAAAAUCGCGAUCUACUCGCUUUCCAAGCGAUAGUAGAAGGACCUAACAGAAGUCCAAAAAAUAAAUUAGAGGAAAGUCAAGAGGACGUCUCGAAGUUUGCAUAUCAGGGCUCGAUGGAGAUCAGUAUAAUGAAUAAGGAUAGAUUAGGUAACGAGAACUGGUCGAACCUGCCGUCGAGCCUGCAGUCUGCGUGCCAGAUAUCGGAGCUGGCGGGGCGGCGGGAGGCACGCGAGGGCGAGGUCGAGACGAGCGGCCACGCUGCGGUAGACGCGCCGCUGUGGCCGGGCCAGUGGAACGCGGGCCUGUUCCCGCCGCAGCCUUGUUUCCAGGUAUUCCAACAGAUCAAUUAA